ACUUUACGGCAGGCAACACUUCCACAUGGCCUCCAACCAGCCCGGAACUGUCGCGUGUGUGUUGCGUCGUGGUCGCGAGGUCUUGAGUGUACAAUUAGGAAAGAAAUAAGGGCUCAAAAUGGGUAAAAGUAAAACCACUAAGUUUAAACGGCCGAAGUUCAACGCAGUCGGAUUGCCGGCGGAUGCGGUGAAGGAAGCGGACGCCGAGGAAGAAGAGCACGGGGACGAUAGCUGUCCUGCGGCGGAGCUGCUGGAGAAACUGCAAAGCCCCAGCGCCGACGUGCGGGAGUUCGCCUGCGCCAGCAUCUCUCGGGUGGUGCAGCAGAGUCAGACCAUCCCGGCGUUCCUGCAGCGGGACGCGAUCCGCCGCCUGGGGCCCAUGCUGAUGGACACCAGCCUGGCGGUCAGGGAGACGGCGGCCGGGGCGCUCAGGAACCUGAGUGCAUGCGGGGGCCAGGAGGUGUGCGAGGACAUGGUGAAGCACGACGUAAUGACUCCUCUGUCAGCGCUGCUUAGAGAGAGCUGUGCCGGUUUCGAGAGCGCCGCCGUGGCGACGGCGGACAAGAAGAACGCCGUGGAGGACGUAGCCAACGAGGCCGUGAACCUGUUGUGGAAUCUGUGUGAGAGCAGCAGCCAGUCGCUGUCCGUGUUCAACAAAGCGGGCCUUCUGGAUUUGGUGGUGCAGUGUUUGGAGAGACACCCACACAACGUCGAACUGGCCAUAUCUGCGGCCCACUGUUUGCACACUGUGACUGAGGACAACCCGGAGCUGCUCUGCAGCCUGAACGCCGCUGUGCUCGCAGUCGUGGAGAGCGUGUUGCUGACGUCUCAGCCCGGCAUGGCACACAUUCUCCUCAGGACAUUGGCCGCAGGGACUCUGUGGAACAUGAAGGGCAGUUUACCUGCGACCCGCCAGGCCCAGACACUCAACGCCGUGGUGGCCACCUUGUCCAGGUGCCUGGAUCUGGACCCAGGAACGCUGAUACCCGAACUGAGGCGAGCAGAAGAGGCUCGUCACAGAGAUGCACCCGCUGCGGAGGACCAGGCUGUGGCGGAGAUGGAGGAGGAGGAGGAGGAGGAGGAAGCAGCAGCACCGAAACGCAAGAGGAAUGGAAAGGCUGUGAGGGUUGAUAACGACUUCUCUGACCUUUUGCCUGGGGACAAGGAGGAGCUGAAGGAGGCCGCGGCCUUGCUGACAGCCCAGCAGACGUCCUUGGAGAUCAUCGUCAACAUGUGCUGCUCCGACGAUCCUUCUGACGACGAGUGGGAGGAGGAGUCGAGCAGCGACGAGUGCGACACGGGACCCGAUGGCCUUUGCGACGGAGUGUGCAGUCUCAUGUCCCCGCUGUGUUUGUCGGCCGAGGUGCACGAGGCCCUCAUCCACCACAGCAUCCCAGAAAAGGUCCUCAAAAAGACAGAGUUCCCCAGAAAGGAAGCGAUGGAUGUGUGCCAACAGAUUCCCUCCUGGAGAGGCCUGAUCAAAAAGGUGCAGCGGGUGCAGUCCCGGGCGCUGACGUGCCUGCACAGCAUCCUCUCCGCCAUGGACGCCGAGUCGCUGGGAGGAGCGGCGGCCCUGCAGGAAGCAGCUCAGCACCUUUCCACGCUGGUUUUUGGCGCAGCAGAGAUACCCAAAGACGAGGAGUUCCUGGAGGCCGUCAUAAGCGCGAUGCGGUCUUUGUUACAGAUGAUUGCCUCCAAAAACAUCUCCCAGUGUAUGACCCCCCAGCAGCUGAUGAGUCUGAGCGAAGCUGCCACCCGCUGCGAUGUUGUCAGUGUGAGAGUCAACGCCGUCGCCAUUUUGGGCAUCACUGGCAGCACGUUGGCCAAAGAGAAGGACACUGCUGUAACCCUUCAGAUGAUUGGAAACGCCUUGCUUCAGGUCGCCACAAAGGACGCCAACCUGGUUGUGAACGGAGAAGCCCUGGACGCCCUGUUUGAUGUCUUUGCCGAUGGAGACGAGGCGGAGACGGCAUCCAAAAACAUCCAUUUACUACCAGCACUGAAGGCCCUUCAGCCUGUAUUCAGAGCUAAGAUUCGUAAAGAAGGAAGAGGCAAGUACAGCCCCCAGCAGCUGUGUGUGCUCGACAACAUCAAAGUCAACCUGAGAAGAUUCAUUGGUUAUCUGGAGAAGUUGGUGAAGAAAUAACUAUUAGACAUGUGCAAUCAGUUGAAUCGGUAUGCUUUGGAAAGAUAUUCUAACGGCAGAACAAAACAGAAUGCUUCUUUGAAACCAAUUAAGUAUUUAUUUCAUGUUGGUAGUAUACCAUUUGUUUUAAUCGGUUUCAAUGUUUAUAUUCUCUAAAUAAUGAUUUAACGUGAUACUUUAUGAUGUGUAGUGAAUCAGAUUUUUUAGUUAGUACAGAGUCUUUUUAUUCUUUAAAAAAAAAGAUUUUGCUCAUUUGGUUAAUAUGCAUCAUUUCACCCAAAAUGGUUGUCAGACCUGAAUUUGAAGAAGUUCAUGUACCUCAGUGACAGUCUACUUUUCAGGGCCCUUUAAAGGAAUAUGGAUAUUGUGUAAUAAUUCAUUCAGUCGUUAAAAAGAAACACAAUUAAAUGUACUGUAAAUUCAGCAUCCUACUAAGCUGAGAGGGUUUGCAUUCUCACCCUGGGGCCAUGGGGCAGAUGUAUUUGUCUUAUUACAUUUAAACAUUCGUUACCUCUGCCACUCUGAGGUCCCUCUGCUUCCCAUCUCUUGGCAUUCAUUUCUUAUUCUAGCAAACGGCACUCUAAUGCGUGGAGUUGUAACUUUUGCAGUGGUAUUUGUGUGACUUCCUCUGUCUGCAAGUCACUAAGCGAGACUUUCUACUGAAAGCAUUAUUUUCGUGAAAUAGAUUUGGUUUCACCAAUAACUAUUAAUUGCUAUUUUACAACUGCAGAUAUUUUAAACCUGGCAUAGUGCCAUCUUUUUUUAUAAUGCUUAGAAUGUCCAGCUACUGCAGUAUGGUAAAGAUUUAAUAGUGACUUGCACCCAAAAAUGCCAUUUAAUAAAAAUGAAGAUGUCAAUAA